AUAUGUCCAAUGAACUUCUUCUUUUCCCUCUUUUCUUUUUGAGAUUUCUCUGUCAUUUCAUGUUUAGAGUGAUGAUCAUCUUUUUCUUUUGAUCGAAAAGAGUACAGAGAAAGCUAACCAGCUACUAUGCAUGUCUCUUUCGUUUAAUCAGUGUACUACAAAUUCUUAUUCUUAGUCGUUUACCUUCUCCAUCACUUUGCUUUCCUACAAGUAGAAUAAAGUUAUAAAAAAAAAAAAAAUGAACAGGACGCAGAGAAGGGGGAUGAUGAUGAAGGGCGAAAGUUCUGGAAAACGAUCGAUUUUCUCUAAUGAUGAUUUCAUCAAUGAGGUGUUUUCUUGGUCUCUCGAUGACAUUUUAGAUGAAAAUCUUUUCCAAGAUAAGGUAAAGAAGAUUCCUGAUACAUUUGAGUCUGUUGAGCAUUAUAUGGGAUCCUAUGUUUUACCGUUACUCGAAGAAACACGAACACAACUGUGUUCAAGUAUGGAGGUCAUAUCUGCAGCACCUAAUGCUGAAGUGGUUGGCUUUGAAGAGUCCAAGCCUCAUGGGAGUUUAUUAUAUGAUUUUACCAUUGACUUCUGGAGAAACAGAUUCAGUGAUUGUGGCAAGGAGCCUUACAGAACAUUGCCCGGAGAUAUCUUUGUUUUAGCAGAUGCUAAACCUGAAACUGUUUCAGAUCUGCAGAGGCCAGGCAGGACAUGGGCUUUUGCAUUGGCCACUAAAGUCGCAGAUGAUGAAAACGAGGAAACUAGUUUAACAACUAAUUUUAAAGUGAAGGCAUCAAAAGACAUUUCAGAAAAUGAUGGGAUGUAUAAAUCAAUGUUUGUGAUUUUUCUGACAAAUAUAACUACUAGCAAAAGGAUAUGGAAUUCGUUGCACAUGUUUCGGAACCUGCGGAUAGUCAAAGAAGUUCUGUGCUCUUCUGUGGUGGAAAGAAGCUGUCAUAUUUGUCCUCUACAGCCCAAUGAUACCUGCAGUGACAAGGUUCUCACAACCUUAAAUGACUUGAACGAAUCUCAAACUGAGGCUGUUUCAGCCUGUCUUAAUAAACUGAGAUGCAAGCACCAGUCCAAUGUGGAACUUAUCUGGGGUCCCCCAGGUACAGGGAAAACCAAAACUAUCUCGGCAAUGCUCAUUGUCCUCUUGAAAUUAAAAUACAGAACUGUCAUUUGUGCCCCCACAAAUGUCGCAAUUACAGAGGUUGCAUCACGUGUUUUGAAGCUGUUGAAAGAAUAUGGUGGAGAAGAAUCUGGGGCAGAUGCUUACUGUUGUUCUUCAGGUGAUCUUCUCCUGUUUGGGAAUAAGGAGAGGCUCAACCUUAAGUCAGAUGUUGAGGAAAUAUAUUUGGAUCAUCGAGUCAAGAGGCUAACUGAAUGCUUUGGAACGAUCACUGGGUGGCAACAUUGUUUCAGAUCAAUGAUAGAUUUUCUUGAAGAUUGUCUUCUCCGGUAUACUAUUUUCUUGGAAAAUGAAUUGCUCAAAGAGCAGGAAAGCAGUAAAGAAAAUGAAGUAAAAGAGAAAAGGUGCAAUAAUGGAAUUGAUAGUAACAAAGCGCAGCUUAAGUCCUUUCUUGAAUUUGCAAGAGAACAGUUUAGGAAUACGGCGUUGCCACUCAGAAGAUGUAUUUUUACUUUAUGCACUCACGUACCAAUUAGCUACUUUGGGGAUGAUUUCCAAAACAUUGCAUCUCUUGUUCGCUUAGUUGACUCUUUCGAAACUCUACUGUUUCAUGACAGUUUAACUUCUGAAGAAGUGGAGGAGAUCUUCUCAAAUCAGGAGUUGGUGCAGGGUAGUAACCAAAUUCAUUCAGAUGAAUUACUAUUGUUGUGCUCGAUGAGAAGUGAAUGCCUUACUGUUUUAAAGAAACUUCUGAAGUCAUGCAGUGAACUUGAAUUUCCCAGUGCUCUGAACAUGGGUUCGAUAAUGAAAUUCUGUUUCCAAACAGCUUCAUUAAUUUUCUGCACAGCAUCCAGUUCGUAUAAGCUGCAUCAAGUGGAAACUGAACCAUUGAACCUGUUGGUAAUUGAUGAAGCAGCCCAAUUGAGAGAAUGUGAAUCUACGAUACCCCUACAACUCCCGGGUUUAAAGCAUGCAAUUCUUAUUGGUGACGAGUGCCAAUUGCCUGCCAUAGUUGAAAGCAAUAUAUCUGAGGAAGCUGGGCUUGGUAAAAGUUUAUUUGAAAGGCUGAGAUUAUUAGGUUAUUUGAGGCACCUUCUCAAUAUACAAUACAGGAUGCAUCCAUCAAUCAGCAGCUUCCCAAAUUCUAGUUUCUAUUUUAACCAGAUCUCAGAUGCACCCAAUGUUAAGCAUAAAAGAUAUGAAAAGCAGUAUCUUCAAGGCCAAAUGUUUGGCCCUUAUUCAUUCAUAAAUGUAUCUCCAGGGAGAGAAGAACAAGCGGAUGUUGGACAUAGCCAAAGAAACAUGGUUGAGGCAGCUGUUGUGCUGAAACUGCUAAAAAAUCUGUGCAAAGCAUGUCGCUCAAAGCAGAAGGUAAGCAUUGGAAUUAUAUCACCAUAUGCUGCUCAGGUAACUGCAAUACGUGAAAAACUUGGUGCCAAGUAUGAUAAGAUUGAUGGCUUCACUGUAAAAGUUAAGUCUGUUGAUGGCUUCCAAGGCGGAGAGGAGGAUAUAAUUAUAAUAUCAACCGUGAGAUCAAAUACUAGAGGAAUGAUUGGAUUUGUAGCCAACCGUCAGAGAACUAAUGUUGCCCUUACAAGGGCAAGGCACUGUCUCUGGAUUUUGGGAAAUGGAAGAACACUAGCUAGUAGUGAAUCCAUCUGGAAAGAAUUAGUUCGUGAUGCUAAGGAGCGAGACUGCUUCUUCGAUGCCGAUGAUGACAAGGAUUUGGCAAAAGCUAUAUUGGAAGUAAAGAAAGAGUAUAAUCAACUCGAUGAUCUGCUGAAUGGGGAUAGUGUACUUUUCAAAAGUGCUAGGUGGAAGGUGUCUCCCAUCUCUUCAUCUUUGAAAGAAUUCAGAUACAUUCAAGUAUUGAAGGUUUGGGACAUAUUGCAGUUAGAGGAUAUUGAAAAGUUGGUCAAACGUCUUGACAGCAUCUUUGAUGCAUAUACUGAUGAUUUUAUCAGUUGUUGCAAUGAGAAAUAUUUGGAGGGGGAUUUGGAGGUUCCAGGAACAUGGAAACCGUCCUUCAAUGUUGUCCGGUACAAAAGUAAGAGUCACAAUGAAAGUAGAGGCAAUUCAAAUGCCAUAGCUUCUGAUGGAAGAUGUUAUGUUGAGAACUCAAAAGUGAGUGAUAGCCUGUUGCUGAUGAAAUUCUACUCAUUAUCAUCUGGAGUUGUGAGCCACUUGCUAUCUGAUCGUGAUGGCAGAGAACUAGAUCUACCCUUUGAAGUGACGGACCAAGAAUUGGAGAUAAUUUUGUUUCAAAGAAGCACUUUUAUAUUAGGACGUUCAGGUACUGGGAAAACUACAGUGUUAACAAUGAAGUUGUUUAAGAAGGAGCAGCUGUACCAAAUGGUAAAUGAAGGAUACGAAGAAGGCCAUUGCAGCACCUCUGAAGGUGUUUCCCACUGGAACAGUCUUGAGGAUGUUGUGGUGGAGCCUAAGAAAACCUUUUUACGUCAGCUUUUUGUUACAGUCAGCCCUAAACUCUGUUAUGCCGUCAAACAUCAUGUUUUGCAGUUGAAAAGGUUUAUAUCUGAUGGGAAAUACUCUACAGAGAGCAGUUUGCCAGAUGCAUAUGAUUUUGAUGAUGCAACACCAUUCAGGGGCAUACCAGAUUCCUUUGUUGAUAUCUCUCCCGAUUUCCUGAUGCAAGGGAGUUGUUGCAUGGGAAUAAUGGAGGUUUGGGAUCUCUUGCCUUGCAGACUUUUAUGA